UUUUGAUAGGUGGAGUCAGCUGGUCACGAGUGAGACGAAGGUGUGACGGUUCAUAGUCAAUUAAAUUAAAAAUACGUGGUUUUUCGUAAAUUGAAAUCCCCCCAGCAUCAAAAUCGAUUGAUUCGAGUAUCUUUAUCCUUAAACAUCUUUAAAUAUGGCUCUUCACUCCGCAGGAAAGGGUAAACUCCUGGCGGUUAUUGGGGACGAGGAUACGUGUGUGGGAUUCUUACUCGGUGGAGUUGGAGAAAUUAACAAAAAUCGCCAGCCCAAUUUCAUGGUUGUGGAUAAAAACACACCAGUUGGUGAGAUCGAAGAAACCUUCAAACGUUUCGUCAAACGUGACGAUAUCGACAUCAUUCUCAUCAAUCAGAACGUGGCAGAGAUGAUUCGCCACGUGAUUGACAGCCACACAGCCCCCGUCCCCUCAGUCCUCGAAAUUCCCAGCAAAGAUCAUCCCUACGACGCCAGCAAAGAUUCAAUCCUGCGUCGGGCUAAGGGCAUGUUCAAUCCCGAAGACAUUCACUGAUUUCCAUCACCAAACAAACGUAAUUAUCGUUCAUCAAUAAUUAUAAAUAAUCCACAUUCUCGAUUGAAUAUAUUUCGUAAAUGUCUUCGUCGCGUUGUUCUUCAAAUAAAAUUCAAUUACUUAAAUUAUCCAACAUUCCGAGUGCUGCAAUAAUUAAAUGAUUCGAAUGGUUUGAAAUAUUGAAUUGAAGCUUGUUAACUAAACCAAAAUAUCUUUAUUCAUGCGACACAUGUAAAAAUUGUAUUAGCCGAAUUAUGUAAAUAAUUAACUGGACAAAAUAAAGUAUUGCUCCAGAUUGUUUAGUCAACAA